CAAAGAGUGACAUCUUGAGGCUGUUGUAACCCUCGAAACUGUGCUCCACCUACCUGCAAACUGUUGCUCUCUCUCAAACUGUUGCUCUCUCUCUCUCUCUCUCUCUCUCUCUCUCUCUCUCUCUCUCUCUCACUUCAGUAGAAAUGCAGCAGAGCUUGAUCUGACUUGUCCAGCCUGCCGCUGAAAGUACCUUCUUGCUCUCCGGGACUUAUUUGGGUGCUUUUCACACACUGCGAUAUGGCAAUUUCUAUGUCUCUCCAGGGUCUGGGGCUCAUCAUACUCGCAGCAGUCCUCCUCCAGACCAUCGCAGUUGCCGUCAGUUUUAUGUAUUUCAACAAAGUCCUGAACACGAUGCAGGAGAGCUUCUCUCGGAGCAGCGUGUCCUGUCUGAUGAACGCAAAUAUGCGCUUCGAGUACGAAGAUUCAACAGCCGAGGACAAGAAGAGUGACCCCUGCUGGCAAGUCACGCAACAGCUCCACUACCACAUUGAAAAGACGAUGACAGACAGAUUCCAGAAGGAGAUAUCCACUGCUAUGAGAAAUAAGCUUACAGGAGUGCUGCCUAUCCUAAACCCUGGGGUCCCAGGAGUCCCUCUUCCCAAAGUCGCAGCCCACGUGACCGGUGUCGUCUCCUCCACAGAGCCUCCAGUAGCAGAGGGCUCGCGGAGCAGCAGGGGCUACCUGGGGGAGCGCAUCCGAGCGUGGGAAGGCCAGAGAGGUCUGUCCUUCUUAGAAAAUAUGGAGCUGAAGGGAGGAGAGCUGCUGGUUCCCAGAGCAGGCCUCUAUUACAUCUAUGCACAGACUUACUUCAGACUCUCUUCCGUGGGUGAGACAGAGGUGGAGGCAAAGGGUGAGGCGGGGGACACGAAGGAGGAGGAAGGAGCGCAGCUUCUCCAGUAUAUCUACAAAAAGAUGAGUUCCUAUACAGUUCCCAUCCUGCUGAUGAAAUCAUCCCGGAGCACCUGCUGGCCUCGGGGUCAGGAGCCUGGCCUCUUCUCUCUGCAUCAGGCCGGUACUGCGUUUCUACAGCCUGCCGACCGCCUUUUCAUCACCGUUAGCAAUGCCAGCGCCAUGGAGAUGGACGGGAGAGCCAGCUACUUCGGGGCCUUCCUGGUGGGCUAAAGGGAGAGAAGCUCAUAUAGAGGUGUCCUAGACUGGGCUGAUUUGAAAAAGACAUCGACAGAGGUGGACCCGAAUGUCAGGGGUUUGCUUGAUAAUAUGUCUGAGGGUACGGGACAGCAGAAGAACGGACUGUGAGGAGUGCAAAGGAACUUCUUCAGGGCCGUGAAGCUGCAGGGUUAUGAUCAAACUGAGCUGCAGUGGUAGACUCUCAAUCACCCAAAAUGGCAAGGAGGUAGAGCCAUUUGGUGUGAAUUUACUCCAGAAGUGACAAAAUAAUUGGUCAUAGUUAAACCUGACCCAGGAUAUUAAUUCUGUUUUUAAGGCUGGCAAACAGAAUACAGAGUAAGACGGAGCAACCCCGGAUUAAGUGGUGCUUUCAGAGCACAGCUGUUGUGCUCUCGUGUUUGAAUGACUUCUAUUGAGUUCCAGAGUUGUUUUGCCUGCAGGUCAAACAGUCAACAGUUGAGUUUGCAGGAAAUGACAGUGGUGUUGGACACAUGACACUUUUAUGAAAAAAAUAUGUAUAAAAAAUGCCACGAGACAAGAUUUAAGAUGUUAUUAUGAAUGAAGCGUCUUUUAUGUUUACAGUACAUGUGGUUUAAUGUCUUGAAUGUGUGGUGUGAUACAGAUCUUUGAUGUCCUGUGGCCUUAAAGAGAGGCACUGAUCUGGUAUUAAUGUGAGUUUUUAGUGUUUUCUGACACAUUUACACUUCAGAUAUUCUCUGAUACUUAUGAUGUCAAAUUAGUUCACACGGGACAUUUCUUACUGUUCCCAGGCCCCGUUUUGAACUAAUUUUGGUUGGACUUCAGUGUAAUGCACAACUAUAUAGUCACAUUUUUCAGGGCUAAACAAUAUUUGUACCUUAAGUUUCAAAAGUUUGCUCUUGUUGAUCUGCAAACGCGCAAGUAGUAGUACUUCUCAGUAGCAGUUCUGGAGAUUUCGAUCAUAUUACACGAUCCUCCUCUGCAGUUGGAGCGUACCCAGUCGCCCUGUGGUGAAACUGUUUUUGUCAACUACUGUUUCCAAGGUCAAGAAUAAACUUUCAAACUUCACUUUUGAGCCGAUGCGGAUGAAAAGUCACAUAUAUUUCUCGGCCAACUCCCAUCUGCUGAGGAAGAUUGUGCGAUAUGAUUGAAAACUCAAGAACAACUAAGUUGACCUUGUGGUGAGAAAGUUUUAAUAAUUGUACCAUAUUCUUAAGGAACAUGUCGUCUGUAAAUUACAACUACAAAUAUCCAUCUACUGCUUUGCUAAGUAUGUUUGCACAGUUGUGGUAAAAAUGCCAAAUAAAUUAAAUGUGAAGAUUUUAA